AUGGAGUCAGGAAGGAAGGAAGCCAACAUUGAGAUCUCAGGGCUUUGGCUCUUUGGGGACCAGGGGUGGGUUGGGGGCAGCCAUGCGCCAACGGCCUCUCCUGUCCCAGCCCUGCGGCUGAACAGUGGCAAGACGUUCUCGAGGGUGGAGGCGACGCUGAGCUGGUCUGAGGCCCUGCGGUACUGCCGGCGGCACCACACGGACCUGGCCGACCUGCAGAGCAUGAACAGCGUGAGCAGCAUGAGCUCCCUCUACUCCCUCACCAGCAGCACCGAGGCGUGGAUCGGCCUCUUCUUCGACGUGCGCGUGCGCGGCCUCAGCUGGUCCAGCGGCUCCACCUUCGCGGCGCCCGUGUGGAGCUCGCUGCCGGUGUUCGCCGAGGGCGUCUGCGCCACUCUGUAUUCCGUAUCCGUCUUCCCCAACCUCGGGGCCGCCUCGUGCACGGCGCAGAAGCCCUUCAUCUGCUACUACGACCCUGCUGUGGGGCACCGCACCCCCACAGAGCCCGCUCUCAGCCCAACCACCUCUCCAAAGCCAGCUGUGGUCCAGAUUGGCCGACAGACCUUCAUGCGAUUCGACCAAGAAAUGACCUGGCCGGAGGCCCUGCGGUAUUGCCACAGCCACCACACGGACCUGGCCGACCUGCAGAUGGUGACCGACGAGGCGGGCAAGGAGGCCUUGAAGUCCAUCACGAGUGAGACCGAGGCCUGGAUCGGCCUCUACUUCAACGCGACCUCUGGGUCUCUGAGCUGGUCGAGCAACCUGGGUGCCAGCAUCCCCACCUGGCUUCAAGUGCCUGAGCUGGGGACGGGACUGUGUGCGGGGCUCCGCACCUACGCGCGCUACUCCCCCCGAGUGUAUUCGUUGGCCUGCUCUUCCCUGAGACCCUUCAUCUGCUUCUAUGACCCUUCCGUUGGGCACCGGGAGUCCACAGCUCUCCAGCCAUCCUUUCACGCUCCCUCCUCAGAAGUGGCCGUGGAGACAAUGCGCAGGCCAACUGUGACCACUGAAGGAAGUGGCAGUGCCGUGAGAGAGACAGCCGCCGCCACUCAGGCCCAACGCGUGAGCUCACCCGAACACCCAGAGUCUAAAGGCAAAACUCCGGCGCCAGCAUCAGGGCAGGUCUUUGGAAUCCUGAAAGCAGAUUUUACCAUCCCAGCUCUCCUGGACCCAGAAGAUGUGAAAGACCAGUUUUUGAGUGAGAUCCGAGAAGUCUUAAAGCUUACAUUAGGUCACGAGCAAUUCAGAUUGAAAUGGGUUGGCUUUGAAGUGAACAAAAAACAGCCCAUGUCGGCAGACCCGGAGGCUUCUCACACCAUCUUCUCUGGAUUUUGAGUGACUUGUGGUCUAUGAUGCUAGCAGAUGAGAACAUACGUUUGUUCCAGGCGCUCAGAAAUAACUGCGGAUAUACGAAGAGGUGACUACACAGCUACACCUGUGAAGAAAAACUGGCCUCCCUGGAUUUUAUAGGGUGCAGGAGGUAAGCAGAGGAAGAUGGAGGCGUCUGGGAACAGUAACCUUGAGAAUGACAAGCAAACAGGAGCCCAAACCCCAACGAAACCACACCAGUCCUGAAACAAACUGCAUUCAUCUCCCUGGAGAAGAAAGAGAGGACAGUGGUGGCUGAGAAGCUGAGGGAGGCCACACUUCCGGAGAAGCGGAGGGCACUUUCUUCACUAGCCACCCGAGCUGUUACAGAGACCUCAGGCUGUCCGGAGUGAGGAGCUCCCCGAGGGCAUCCUCGCAAUACGACACAUUAAUGGUGGGUUUGUCCUCCUCCAUCCGAACACUCUUUGCCUGUCCGGUGGGAAGUUCUCCAACACGUUGUCCUCAAUGCUAAGACAGAACUUCAGAAGAAUGUUCCCGUAAGCACGUCCUUUCUGGUUUUUCGCCAGGUGUUCUAAUCAUCCAGAUACAUGCUCGAAGUAAGGUGGUAACGUGUCAAAUACAGUGGCAACUUUAGUCUGAAAUGUUUAAAGUUAAAGUUUAUUUGUAUUCUUUGUAGGAAUAGCAAUAAAAGACCUCAAACGUAUCUAUAUCUGUACAUGUACAAGAACCAUCAAAAAGUAUUCACAGAA